GUACAAACGAUUUUUUUUGCUUUAUCUAAAUAGUUAUUAAAUCAUAGUGUAUGAAAACGUUUAAAAUAUAACAUGCCGCAACGAUAAUACUAUACUUUUAUGUCAAUAAUAAUAAUAAUAAUAAUAAUAUGUAUGUGUCAUAUAUAUGUUACACUGUCUCAGCCAAUCAUAAACGGACUUCCGCAAAACGUCACGGUUACCAUAGUAACGUCUUUGUCGCCUCGGCCAAAACCCAUGAAGUAGCUCUUUUUUAUUAUUUUUUGUGUGUGCUUUUUUCUGUUUUAUAUAUUUAUUUAUAUUUAUAUUUUAUACUUUAUUUAUAACUGACGAUAAAUAAAGUUACUUAAUUUUUUCUUAAAGUCCAGCGUUGUCAAAGACCGAGAAACAAUUGCCGUUGCCAGGGCAACGCACCUUCAACAAAUGCCCUCGUGUGACCAGUGUAAUCGUCAGCCUGCAGUCACCGUCCAUGAAGGAUAAAAUGUCCCAAACUGAGGAACAUCAGCAGAAUCAGAAUCAGAAUCAGAAUCUUGGUCCUCCAUGUCUGAACCCUGGGAACCCCGUGUUCUCCUGCACACUGAAUCCAUCAUCCUCCUCAGGACAGAGUCUUCUGUACAGGACCACCUCCUGUGAGUACGGAUCUCGGUCCCCGACCUUCGAGUCGUCCCCGUGUGUGUAUCACCCGAUGUCUCAGGCCUUCUCCAAGCACCUGGGGACGUGUGGGAUGUCCCGGGACACCUCGUUCAACACCAGCCUGGACCGCAGCAAGGUGUGCGACCGCAUCAAUUUACACAAUACCAUCUGAGAUACCAUCAGAACUCUGGAUACCCGGUCUUGCUCUGAGCGGGUGGAUGGAGUGUAAUAUAUAACCACUCUUCAGGAUGAGUCCUGCUCUACAACUGCCUUUAUAUUCACUUUUCAAGGAUCCGUCUUGUACAAGAUCAUCAUGCAUCUUUUUUGUCUAUCAGAUGUCGUAUAAAGAAUCUUUAUAUUCUAAAAGAUAAAAAUUCUUCUAUUCUAAAACUCUUAUUAUUUACGCUUGACUGUGUUUAUGUUUCCUACAAAACACAAAGAAAUCUUUACACACCCGGGUUUCGUCAUUCAUACUGUGAUUGUAUAAUGCACAUUUUGACCAUUUUUUUCUGAUCUAGUGUUAGAAAAUAAAAGAGUACAUAAUCCA